ACAGGUCUGUUAGUCUCUCAAACUCGCCUGACAUCCAGAAAAUACCGGAAGUGUCAGCUCGGUUACCAAGGAAAGCGCCAGCUACUGACCAUUAAGCCUACUCCAGAUACCUAAUCGUCGGAUUUUAUAACGUUAACCCGGUCAGGUUAUCGUUAGAAAGUGCUUAAUCGUCACGGUGCCGAUUGGAAACGUAAAUAGUGACUAACAUCAUGAGCUUCGGCUACACCAACCAAGAGAAUGCUUCGGCCUUCACCAAAACGGAGAUGGCUGCGGUGCAGAAGACGAAGCCAAGAACAGUGCUUGCUGUCCUGACAGAAAAUGAACAACGCAGCCGAAUGCCCCUGGGAGAGCAAUGUUCCAGCUCCAUGAGCACUGCCUUCACUGCUUGCUCCGGCUACGAUGUCUACAUUGAGGAGAAGUGCGCGGUCAUCACUGCUUCUGUGGAGGACAUGGACGCCGUCGGCUCCAGCCUGCUGGAGGAGGACCAUGCCGCCCUCCAGCAUAGAGACUUCCGUCUCUUCCUGGACCUGAGUACAAACUCGUGCGCUGACACGUCCAUGCAGUCGCUGGCAGAGGAGCCCCUGGCUGUGCAGGAUGAGCUCUGUGUCCCCGAGUACACUGGUGAUAUUUACCGGCACCUGAGGGAGAGAGAAGCCAAGCUACGGCCCCGGCGGAACUACUUGAGCAACCACCCUGAGUUGUCGGGCUGCAUGCGCCUGGUGCUGGUGGACUGGCUGGCGGAAGUCGCCGAAGAGUACAAGCUCUGCGCCGAGACCCUCCACCUGGCCGUCAGCUACCUGGAACGCUUCCUGUCCUACACCACGUCGGUGAAGCGCGCCAAGCUGCAGCUGGUCGGCACGGUGGCCCUUCUGCUGGCAGCGAAGUACGAGGAGAUCUACCCUCCCGAGAUGGAGGACUUUGUGUACAUCACGGACGGCACCUACGAACAGAAGCAGCUGGUGCGCAUGGAGGUGAUGUUCCUGAAGGUGUUGGCCUUCAACAUGACCGUGCCGUCCGCCUACCAGUUCCUCCGCCUCUUCAUCACCAUCCAGGCGGUCUGCUCCAAGACGACCCACCUCGCGCUGUAUGUGGCAGAGUUGAGUCUGCUGGAUAUGGAGAUGUUGGUAACAUUUCCCCCGUCGCUGGUGGCGGCUGCGGCCUACUGCCUGGCCAACUACACCCUGAGCCGGGGCUUGUGGCCGGACUCCUUGGAGGAGUUCACCGGGUACACCCUGACGGACAUCGUACCCUGCCUGAAGGACCUCCACAGGAUCCACUUCAGCGCAGAGAGCCGUCCCCAGCAGGCUGUCCGUGGGAAAUACAAGAGCUCCAAGUAUGGAAGUGUGUCACUGAUGACUCCGUCCACCACUCUGCCUUUCCCAUAAUGCAUUGCUCACAGACCCAUUGCUGCUCUCCAGAGUGCACAAUCGUAGCACUUUUUUAUAUUUUUUAAUCUAAUGCUUUUUAUGUAGAUGAUAUUUUAAUCAAGACUAAAUGAAGGGGUUGUUUGUAGAAUUUUACAGACUUGUGUACAUGUGGCCAGUGGUCAACUGAUUUUCAAACUUUUAUGUGUGACUGCCAUUGGAUGGACUUUAUACAGCAUCAUGUCUAUUAAACAUUAUUGCCCUCA